ACGCACUCGCACACACAUACACAUGCACGCUCCGCUCCCAACUGGGCUAUUUACAUAUGUAUAAGUAGAUACAAAAGCAAAGGCAAAGCAAAAAAAAAAGGAAAACAGUAACAAAAAAACUGUUAAGAUAAAAAGUGCAAUAAAGUUGUUGAUGAAGGGGGAAGGGGUGGAUGCAGGCGAAAAGUUACUGCUGUGCAGCUACAGCUGUUGCCCACCGGGUAAUCAGUGCGGGAUCCAGUACCAGUAUCGGUUGACCCAAAAGCUUUACAAGCUGCUUGCUAUUGCAGUGAUAUCUACUGCCCACCGAGGAUCGAGUGUGGUAACCAGUGACAGUUAACCAAAUUCCACGUGCACAUCCUUGUGAUGCAGACACAGCUGUUGGCCACCCGAUGGUUCCACCCAACGAUAUCUGGCAUCGAAGCUGAGAAACUGCUGCAGGAGCAGGGAUUCGACGGCUCCUUCCUCGCCCGCCUCUCCUCCUCGAAUCCGGGCGCCUUCACGCUCUCCGUGCGCCGCGGCAACGAGGCGACCCACAUCAAAAUCCAGAACAAUGGCGACUUCUUUGAUCUCUACGGCGGUGAAAAGUUCGCCACACUGCCGGAACUGGUACAAUACUACAUGGAGAAUGGCGAGCUGAAGGAGAAGAACGGCCAGGCCAUCGAGCUGAAGCAGCCGCUGAUCUGUGCCGAGCCCACCACGGAAAGAUGGUUUCAUGGCAAUCUUUCCGGAAAGGAAGCGGAAAAAUUGAUCCUGGAGCGUGGCAAGAAUGGUUCUUUCCUCGUCCGUGAAUCUCAGAGCAAGCCUGGCGAUUUCGUCCUCUCCGUGCGGACGGACGACAAAGUAACGCAUGUCAUGAUUCGAUGGCAGGACAAGAAGUACGACGUCGGCGGCGGCGAGUCGUUCGCCACCCUGUCGAAGCUGAUCGAGCACUACAAGCGUAAUCCCAUGGUGGAGACGUGUGGCACGGUGGUGCACCUGCGGCAGCCGUUCAACGCCACGCGGAUCACGGCGGCCGGAAUAAACGCCCGGGUGGAGCAGCUGGUCAAGGGAGGCUUCUGGGAGGAGUUCGAGUCGCUGCAGCAGGACAGUCGGGACACGUUCUCGCGCAACGAGGGCUACAAGCAGGAGAACCGCAUGAAGAACCGCUACCGCAACAUAUUGCCAUACGACCACACGCGCGUGCGGCUGCUGGACGUGGAGCCCAACGUGGCCGGGGCGGAGUACAUCAACGCCAACUACAUACGCCUGCCCACCGACGGCGACCUGUACAACAUGAGCAGCUCCUCGGAGAGCCUGAACAGCUCGGUGCCCUCGUGCCCCGCCUGCACGGCGGCCCAGACGCAGCGCAACUGCCCCAACUGCCAGGUGCUGAACAAGACCUGCGUGCAGUGCGCCCUCAAGAGCGCCACGCUGCCGUACAGCAACUGCGCCACCUGCAGCCGCAAGUCGGACUCGCUGAGCAAGCACAAGCGCAGCGAGUCCUCGGCCUCGCCCUCGCCCUCCGCCGGAUCCGGAUCGGGAUCGGGAUCUGGAAACGGGUCCUCGGGAGUCAGCAGCCUCAACGGACCCGGCACACCCACCAACCUCACGGGCGGCACCGCCGGCUGUCUGGCCGGGCUGCUCAAGAGGCACUCCAACGACUCCUCCUUCGGUUCGGGAUCGGGAUCGGGCUCGGGCUCGGGAUCGGGAUCCAUGUCGAUGGCCGAGCGCGAGCGAGAGCGGGAGAGGGAGAUGUUCAAGACGUACAUCGCCACCCAGGGCUGCCUGCUGAAUGCGCAGGUGAACACGGUGACCGACUUCUGGAACAUGAUCUGGCAGGAGAACACGCGCGUGAUCGUCAUGACCACCAAGGAGUACGAGCGCGGCAAGGAGAAGUGCGCCCGCUACUGGCCGGACGAGGGCAAGGCGGAGCAGUUCGGCCACGCGCGCAUCCAGUGCGUCGCCGAGAACUCCACCAGCGACUACACGCUGCGCGAGUUCCUCGUCUCGUGGCGGGAGCAGCCGGCGCGCCGGAUCUUCCACUACCACUUCCAGGUGUGGCCCGACCACGGAGUGCCCACCGACCCGGGCUGCGUGCUCAACUUCCUGCAGGACGUGAACACGCGCCAGAGCCACCUGACGCAGGCGGGCGAGAAGCCGGGUCCCAUCUGCGUGCACUGCUCGGCGGGCAUCGGACGGACUGGCACCUUCAUCGUGAUCGACAUGAUCCUCGACCAGAUUGUGCGCAAUGGACUGGACACCGAAAUCGACAUUCAGCGCACCAUCCAGAUGGUCCGGUCACAGCGCUCCGGGCUCGUGCAAACGGAGGCGCAGUACAAGUUCGUCUACUACGCGGUGCAGCACUACAUCCAGACCCUGAUCGCCCGGAAGCGAGCCGAGGAGCAGAGCCUGCAGGUUGGCCGCGAGUACACGAACAUAAAGUACACAGGCGAGAUUGGCAACGAUUCACAAAGAUCUCCAUUACCACCAGCAAUUUCUAGCAUAAGUUUAGUACCGACUAAGACGACGUUGACGCCCGGAUCGUCCGGAUCGGCGGAUCCGGGCACUGGGAUGGGCGGGAGCGCGGGCGUGGGCGUAGGCGUGGGCGUGAGCAACAAGCAUGCCUUGAGUAACAAGCAGCAGCCGCCGCUGCCGAUGGCGAUGGGCUGCAACAGCAACACCAGCAACAACAGCAACAGCAGCAGCGGCAACAGCAACAACAACAACGGCAUUGGCAGUGGCAGCGGCAGCGGCAAUAUCAGCAGCAGCUGCAUCAACGGCAGCAGCGGCAACCACUGCAGCAUCAGCGGCAGCAGCAGCAACAGCAACGGCAGCAGUGGUGGCAGUGGCAACAGCAGCAACGGCAACAUCAACGCCCUGCUGGGCGGCAUCGGCUUGGGGCUGGGCAACAUGCGCAAGUCGAGCUUUUACAGUGACUCGCUGAAGCAGCAGCAACAGCAGCAGCAACAGCAGCAGCAACUGCAACAGCAACAGCAGCGGGAGGAGCAGGCGACUGCUCCGGGCGGAGCAGGUAAGAUGCAGCAGCCGGCGCCGCCGCUGCGGCCGCGACCUGGCAUACUCAAGUUGCUCACCAGUCCCGUCAUCUUUCAGCAAAAUACAAAAACAUUCCCAAAGACAUGAACAUGAGCGGCCUGCGACCGCCGAGCCAUGCGCCUGCGCUGCCGCCGCCGCCGACGCCGCCGCGCAAAACAUGACAAAUGAAUUUCUAAGUCGCGACGCCCCCUAACACGCCACCACCCACCACCCACCACCCACCAGCCACCAGCCACCCACUCCCCCACACGCACACAGACCCCAAGUGGAUUUCAGUUAAGGUGUUAAAGUGUUAGCCCGCCGCUUUGCCGCUCCAAAACCCAAAACCCAGAACCCAGAAACCCAGAAACCGAAACCCUUGUCUAAGUUUUACUGUUGUACCACGUUCUAUGUUUUUUUUUUUUAAUAUGUAAUCUAUAUACUUUUUGUAAUUGUAUUGUGUGUAAUGCUUAGUUGUACGUAAUUGUCUCGCUUUAUGUUGUAAGUGUUCCCUGCACACGUAAAGCAGUAACCCCAGAACCCAAAACCCAAAACCCGAAGCCCUAAACCCAAAAACCCCAGGCAUAUUUAUGUAGUAGUUUUUUAAGAGAACCCAAACCGGAAGUUAAGGAUACAAUCUGGGCGGAACUGCAGCAGAACCGCCAAAAAAGAAAACAUUUCUAUGAAGAGUGGCAGGAACGAAAGGACUCAGAACCGUUCCCACUUGCUUGGCGCUUGCAAUUGUUGGAAAUAUGUACAUGUUUCCAACUGGAAAGCGACAAGCUCAGUUGAAACGGAGAUGAAGUCGGUGAACCGGUUGCAGGAUAUGAGAUGAAAAAGCAAAUGCAAAUCAAUUGUUUAGUGUUUUAAGUGUUGACAAAAUCGAAAGAGGACGGACUCGAGGAGUAACUAAGGCAGUAAGCACAUAAUGAUACAAAAAGCGUUGAUUGUGAUUUGAGUGACAGCGAGAACAGUAACAGUAGGAACAGAGCCAGAUGAGAACAGAACAGAACAGAAUUGAACAGAGGCGACCGAGAUCAGAAUGCAGGACAGCAGAGACGCCAACCGAACAGAACAGAUGAGAACAGAACAGAUUAGAGGGUAAACAGCAAGCUAAAAAGCGCUUAGGCGUAUCGUCGCUAGGAUAAGAAGACCAAGAUUUCAGCUCGACAGAUCCAGAUCCAGAUCCAGAUCUAUAUCUCCAGCAGCCAAUCUCUGAUUUCCCCAUCCACCUUUCCCCUGUCCCUUCCCCGUUUUUCCCCGCUAAUUUAGUGAUUGUAUGUGUAUGAUCUUAAUUGUAUAUUGAUCUUAUAAAGUUUGCCCAUUGUGUUACAUUUCAAAUGAUCGAAAAAACCAUUUAGAAACCUAUAACUUUAGAAGUUACAUAUUCAAUAAUCGUGUGUCUGUGCCUCUCUAUGCCUUUCUCUCUACCGCCAUCUCUCUCUCUCACUCUCUUUCUGUGUAUGUGCGAGUGUGUGUUCUUUGACUAAGUUUUUUAUUUCAAGCGCUAAAGCGGAUGUAAACUCUAUAUGCAAUAUUUAAGCACAGUACCUUGGGCACUGCAAAAGAAAUUAUACAAAAUCAGCUAUACAGGAAGGAGUAACACAAUACCAGCAGUAGAAAAUUUAAACCAUUUAGAACAUUGUGCAAAUCUAAGUAAUAUUUUUAAAAUAUACCCUUAUUUUAUCUUA